AGCAGCAGCGGCGAGAGGAGGAGGUGGAACGGGAAGAAAAAGAAGUGCAAAGGAGGUCAUAUCGCCAUAUUGUGCGCUUUAGGGAUGAGCCACGGUAUAAAAAGGAGCGGACGGCGGCUCAUGGCACCGCAGUCGGCUUCAGCCUCUUCUCAGUGCACACUCGCGCCCCACACACCCCGCCGCAACCAUGAACACAUUGUGCAGGGCGGCGGGGUGUUGCAGGUGGUCCUGAGCGCGCUGCUGGCCGUGGCGCUGGCCAAGCCGCAGUUCGGCGGGCGGCCCGGCGUGCGGCCCGUCACGGGAGGCAACCUCAACGACGUGCCCAUCGUGCGCCAGGCCAGCGACGUGCGCCCCGACGGCUACAGCUACAGCUACGAGACGGGCAACGGCAUCCAGGCGAACGAGGAGGGCGUGCUGGAGAACGCCGGCAACCCGGAGCUGGAGGCCAUCAACGCGCGCGGCGGCUUCUCCUACGUAGGCGACGACGGCGUCACCUACACCAUCACCUACGUGGCCGACGCCGCCGGCGGCUUCCAGCCGCAGGGCGCGCACCUGCCCACGCCGCCCCCCGUGCCCUGA